CGGCCCUCCAGACUACCGCACAGUCCGACAGCGAUAGGAGCUCUGCCGAUGGCAGACUUAGAUUAACCUGAGAAUCUCUCGCGUAAAUUCGCACGUUAAAAUAAAACAAUUUCGAAAAUUGAUCGCGUCGUGCUUAAGUUCGCCGUCACGUGUUCGCAAAUUUUCCGUCCUCAUUGAUUGUGAUCAGAAUAGUUUAGACCGGGAGUGAUCAUGAAAAUGCAUUUCGUUGGAAUCUUGACUAUCCUGUUACUCGCUGGUACCGAAAUUUUAGGACAUCCAUCACAGGAAAGAUUAAUGCCAGAUGGAGCGCCGGUCCCCGAAGACACAGUCGUACACGAGGACUCCAUGGCGUCGGCGUCGGAGGUAGGCCAAGACUACGAUGAUUCCGACAUGUAUAUGGAGCCGGAUGAAUCCGAGACGACUUCGCAAUCAGAUAGCACGGAGCCAAGCACGCAAAAGACCGAUCAACACGAAACGUCGACCGAUACCGUCACCGAUAAGAGUAAGGAGCAAUCAACCGAAGAGGAAAGAAUUGAACCUUCUAAAGAUCAGGAGGCAAAGAACACGGAUCAUACGGCUGUCGCACAGUUUACCGAUGCGGGCGACAGAAAUUUGGAAACCGACAGUCAAAAUUUCUUCCCGUCCUUUGCGGAGCUCUUUGCGAAUCACAGACUUUCGUUCGCCGAACAACAGCAGCGAUAUCGCCCUAACAGAUUCAUAGGCUACUUCCAACGCGAUCGCAAUUAUCAGACCGCCGCGACCAAAGAUCAGCAGUCUAUACUGGGAUCUGGUAAUUUCGGCGUGAUCCGCGGCGGUACUUAUUAUCCGGAGGAAAAAGAGAACGACGAGUACUCGGUAGACGAGAGCCUCUACAAUCCGUACUAUCACGGUCGUGGCCGUGCGCAAUAUUAUAGGAAUCCAAAACCGCAGCCAAUUCGCGGCGGUGAUUUCUUUGCGAAUUUCCGAGAUUUCGCCGACAUUACAGCGCCGCCAAAGUCCAGCUUCUCGCAUCUUUCCGUAGUGUAUGCCAACAAGAAUGGCAGUUCCACCGGUCGUGUCACGGAACCCAGGAAUAUUAUCGAGACUCUCAGGAUGUUGGAAGAGGAGGAGCAGUCUAACACGGAGGAAGUGUCCACUACGGAAAUACCGAGGAAAAAGCAGAGCAAGGGCAAGUGGAAGCUCAUGAAGAUGAAACAGUACGAGGAGGACAAGGCCAGAAGAUCUCGCAUGUCCGUCGAACCGCUGCUCGCUCUCAGCUGAGCGUAGCGAAAUGUCGCUAAAGUGUACAUUAACGUGGACGCAAACCUCGGGAUUUCUCCCAAACGCGGAAUUUGGCCUCGAGAUCAGAACCAAAGUCUGAAAAGCGUCGUUUUUUUCUUUUUUAAUCAUUGGAGGACAAUGUACUGCAACAGAAAUAGAGAAGGUUCGCAUUUUUGUUCAUUUGCGGACGAUACGAUAUGUGCGUGCAUAUGAACUUUUCGAUCAGACCGAAAAACUGGCGGCUGAGGAAUCGUAUUUCGAAAUUAACGCGCGACACGUCGCCGGUUAGACGGUAUACAAUUCCUACUAUUGGAAUUCCGACGACGCUCUGUAUUGAGAUGAGAACGCGAAAACAUCAGCUUAUAGUUUUAAAUUUAGCACCGUACAAAACUUUCUGUAUCAUUUCCUCUGAAAACGAUGCGAAAAUUCGGAUUAAUUCAUAGAUUUUAAGGUAAUAGCAUUAAGAGUACAAGGCACUGCCGUUCCUGUUUAUCGGCCAAUCGUUGUUAGAUCCAAAACGCAUCUGGCCUUAACGUUUAAAUUAUUCCCUAAGUUAGAUGGUAACUGUACGAGUUUGAAAGAUCCUAAAUAAUAAUAAGAUUUUUCGAGUCUACAGCGUCGAUUAAGAAAUUCCAUGUGGUGCUAUAUAUGUUCCGCCGCGAUCGUACAAACACCUUCUUGGAGAAACGUUCCCGUUUCGGCGAGGCGCUUGCAAAGCUAACUAGCAACGAUUAUUCAUGGAGACCUUUUACGUUGAUUGAAUUCACUUGCUCGUACGUGAAACGUUACGCUCGAGUAAGCCACGAUUCCGGAAUCGGUAACUCUUACCAACGACACUUGUGUUCUGGCGAAAACCACGAGGCUCGUGCGCGCGGCCUCGUUACCCUAUAAUUAUGCGGAACGCGUAAUCACAUAGGACUUAUAUACUUCAGAAUAUGCAUGAGAUCUGUUUUUCUCAGUUACAGUAUUUACAUUUGCAUUCGUUGCUCUUCUCUCUUUGAAAUGUGCCGUAGCUCCGUUCUAGGUGUUAAAAGUUCAAAAAUAAAAACGAAAAGACAUAAGCUUAUGAAAAUACACGUGACAAAAUUUUAACCAUGUCGGGUUGACUUGCGAUAAAUUUCGGUGUUAUUAUAAAUAAUUCGGUGUUAUUAUAUUAUACUUUGCUUUUUUGCAUUUUACAAUAAUGUUUUAGCGGAAACGAAUUGCCAUCGCGUUUAAAUAUUAUACAAUUAACACGCGCGACUUUGCGUGCAUCAGUAAAAUUAAUUUUAAUUGGCUAUACGUUAAGUAUGUGAAGAUCCACAUAUAUAUUUCAGUAAACUAAUAAAGACUGCCCAUUUCGUAUUC